UGAGCAUCCUUAUUUGUGUUUCAGUUUUUCCUGAAUUGGAGAAUCCGGUGCCAUCCAUGCCACAGGGCCAAUAUCACUUGGCCAAUGAGAAAAGCCAGAACCAGACCAGAUUCAUUGCAUUUGCACCAAUCAACCAAAAGUCUCCAUUUUUCUAUUUCGUCGGAUAAAAAAGUCCACAACUUUCACCAUCCAAAGAUUCCAAUUCCAACGUUAUCGUUAUUCAGACCUUUAUCUUCUCAGUUCAACCUCUGAACUCUUAACUUUCUCACCCCUCCCCUUCAUCGCCGCCACCACACCAUGGCCUUCUCUGAGUUUCGCCCACUGGACGAGAAGGUCCUCAUAGAAUACAUAAAGGCCACACCUUCUCUCUCUUCUAAGCUCAACAACAAGCUUGACAACAUAACAAUCAAAGAAGUGGGUGAUGGCAACCUCAAUUUCGUCUUCAUCGUCGUUGGCUCCACUGGUUCUUUCGUCAUCAAGCAAGCUCUUCCAUAUAUUCGUUGUAUUGGGGAGUCAUGGCCAAUGACAAAGGAAAGAGCAUAUUUUGAGGCAUUGGCACUGAGAGAGCAUGGUGGUUUAAGUCCUGAUCAUGUCCCUGAAGUUUAUCAUUUUGAUCGGACCAUGUCUUUGAUUGGCAUGCGCUAUUUGGAGCCUCCACAUAUCAUACUGAGAAAAGGAUUGAUUGCUGGAAUUGAGUACCCCUUGCUGGCGGACCACAUGUCGGACUAUAUUGCAAGGACUCUGUUCUUCACAUCCCUCCUUUAUCGUAAUACCACGGACCACAAACGAGCUGUUGCUGAAUUUUGUGGCAAUGUGGAGUUAUGCAGGCUUACUGAGCAGGUUGUUUUUUCUGAUCCAUACAAAAUAUCUCAAUAUAACCACUGGACUUCUCCUUAUCUUGAUUCUGAUGCUGAGGCUAUACGGGAGGAUAAUGCUUUGAAGCUUGAAGUUGCUGAGUUGAAAUCUUUGUUCUGUGAGAGAGCCCAAGCCCUAAUACAUGGAGAUCUUCACACUGGUUCUGUAAUGGUGACUCAUGAUUCAACUCAAGUUAUAGAUCCAGAAUUUGCAUUUUAUGGACCAAUGGGUUUUGAUAUUGGCGCUUUUCUGGGUAACUUGAUUUUGGCUUUCUUUGCACAAGAUGGGCAUGCUGAUGAGCAGAAUGAUCGAAAAGCAUACAAGGAUUGGAUUUUGAGAACAAUUGAAAACACUUGGAACCUUUUCGACAGAAAAUUCGUUGCACUAUGGGAUACAAACAAGGAUUCUGGUGACGCAUAUCUUCCUGCGAUUUAUAACAACCCUGGGCUUCUACAGCUUGUGCAAAAGAAAUUUAUUAAAGAUCUGCUUCAUGACUCCCUUGGUUUUGGUGCUGCGAAAAUGAUAAGGAGAAUCGUUGGUGUUGCACAUGUUGAAGAUUUUGAAUCAAUCGCCAAUGCUAGCAAACGGGCAGGUUGUGAGCGUCGGGCUCUUGAGGUAGCAAAGUUGCUUCUUAAGGAGAGGAGAAAGUUUCAGGGCAUUGCUGAAGUUAUUUCAGCCAUUCAACAAGUCCAGUAAUAACUAAUGAGUAAUGAGGGUUUAUGUUUGAAAUAGGAGUCUUCUAAAAAGAAAAAUAUACAGAUUUUUGGUGUGGCUGUGUGCUGCUUGUACCUUUUGCUCUGGCCCUGACCAUGACCAUAUCAAAUAAAGGACAUGGCUCUUUCAGGUCUUUUUAUAUAAUAUGUGCUUUUGAGUCUCUGGCCUGUGAUUCUGUUAAUGCUUAUCUGUUCCCAAACUAUGUGAUCCAAA